AGGACUUGCACUUGAUCUUCGAAGUCAAGAUCAAACCCCGUUUGUUUUGCCUCAAAGCGGCUAUGUGCAUGCGCCUAUGAACCAUGGCCCGGAAUUAGAUAUCAACGCCCCUAACCGGGGUCCUCUAGAUCCGCCGAAGAUUUCUUGUCUGGAUUGCAAGCUGAUCCUUCAAACUCUCAAGACAGCAAACGCCAUCUCACCUGCAGCGGCGAGAGCCGUCGCUAGGACUAUAUGCCCUCGAUAUGGAAUCGAAAAGGACGUUUGUGAAGGCACAAUCGAUUUGUAUGGACCACAUAUUGCAGAGAUCCUGCCGCAGAUCGAACCGUUCGGCUACUCCGGUACUCUUGGGUGCGCCACUAUCGUCCAUGCUUGCCCAUACCCCGAGUCGAAGUCCACUGAGGAGAUCACCCUUCCUCCGCUGCCGGAGAAGUCCCCCUCGCCGAAGGAGAGGAAUUCGACCCUCGAGCCGCUGACCAUCGUCCACCUCUCCGACUGGCAUGUCGACCCCAAGUACAUCCCCGGCUCUGAAGUGCAUUGUACGAAGCCCCUUUGUUGCCGCGGAUGGAACGAGACCUCCAACGGAGAGCGCAUCGAAGCUUCUGUUCCCGCUCCCAGCUGGGGCGCGUAUACGUGCGAUGCGCCGCAGAAGCUGCUGGUUCACAUGCUCGAGCAGGUCGAGCGGCUGCUUGGCAAGAAACCUGACUUCGCUAUCUUUACCGGGGAUGUACCUCCGCACGAUGUUUGGGAGACUACGCAGUACAACACGACCGUCACAGAGACGGUUGCCUUCAAUACCAUGCGGCAGAUUCUGGGAGUGCCGAUAUUCCCCACGAUCGGCAACCACGAGACGAGCCCGAGCGACCUCUUCCAGCCUGCGAGUAUCGUGGACCCACCUGACAACCAGUGGCUGUUCGAUAACCUAACGGCGAAGAGCUGGUUCGGCUGGCUCGGGAACGAGGAGCUCGAGUAUGCCAGGACCCAUCGAGGGCGGUAUACCACUAGGCCUAUGGAAGGCCUGAAGAUCAUCAGUGUCAAUACGAACGACUGCUACGCGCAGAACUACUGGCUCUUCGCCGACACCUCGAAGCUCGAUCCUAACGGGCAGCUCGCAUGGCUCGCCGAAGAACUGGCCGACUCGGAAGAACAAGGCGAGCGCGUGUGGAUCAUCACGCAUAUCCCGCCAGGCGUGCCGGACUGUUUCCGUAGCUGGAGCGAAGUGCAUCAUCAGAUUGUACAACGGUACUGGCGGACCAUCGUCGGCGUGUUCUCUGGUCACACGCAUAGGGACGAGAUCAAGCUCUUCUACGCAAACGAUACCAAGACCAUCUCCUCCGCCAUCGGCGUAAACUGGAUCGGCCCCUCCGUCACCCCAUUCACGCAACUCAACCCCGGCUGGCGAGCAUACACCGUCGACCCGCAAACAUUCGAGAUCCUCGACUCGCGCACGUUCGUCACUGACCUCUCGCUCGCUUCGGAGCUGGACGAGAAGGGCACUGAACCGGUUUGGGAAGAGGCGUAUGGGGCUCGCGAGUAUUUCCCCGACUGGCCGGGAGAUUCUCCCCUGAACGCGACAUUCUGGGCUGAAGUAGUGGCCAGGAUGGAGCGGGAGGAGGCAGUCUUCAGGAAGUACUUUUCCCGCCGAGGAAAAGGAGGCCCGAGCGGACAGGUAGAGUGCGACGAGCAGUGUAAGCAGCAGAUUAUCGCUGGUAUCAGGGCAGGGAAGAGCGGGGAUGUGAGUGUCAAACUUGGCAGGGAGGAGGUAUGGGCAAGGGAUUUGUGUGGUGUGCAUUCGCAUCACUGA